GCGGCCAGAGCCGGCGCAGGGGAAGCGCCCGCGGCCCCGGGCGGCAGCAGCGGCCGCCUCCUCGCGCGCUUCCCGGGCCCGCAGCCCGCGGUCCCGCGGCCCCGGGGCCGGCACCUUUCGGCUCCCGCUCCCCGCGCGCAAGAUGGCUGACCCGGCUGCGGGGCCGCCGCCGAGCGAGGGCGAGGAGAGCACCGUGCGCUUCGCCCGCAAAGGCGCCCUCCGGCAGAAGAACGUGCACGAGGUGAAGAACCACAAAUUCACCGCCCGCUUCUUCAAGCAGCCCACCUUCUGCAGCCACUGCACCGACUUCAUCUGGGGUUUCGGGAAGCAAGGAUUCCAGUGCCAAGUCUGCUGUUUUGUGGUGCACAAGCGGUGCCAUGAGUUUGUCACCUUCUCCUGCCCAGGCGCCGACAAAGGCCCAGCCUCUGAUGACCCCCGGAGCAAGCACAAGUUUAAGAUCCACACGUACUCCAGCCCCACGUUUUGUGACCACUGUGGGUCACUGCUGUAUGGACUCAUCCACCAGGGGAUGAAAUGUGACACCUGCAUGAUGAACGUGCACAAGCGCUGCGUGAUGAAUGUCCCCAGCCUGUGUGGCACCGACCACACGGAGCGCCGCGGCCGUAUCUACAUCCAGGCCCACAUCGAGAGGGAAGUCCUCAUCGUCGUCGUAAGAGAUGCUAAAAACCUUGUACCUAUGGACCCCAAUGGUUUGUCAGACCCUUACGUGAAACUGAAACUGAUUCCCGACCCCAAGAGUGAGAGCAAGCAGAAGACCAAAACCAUCAAGUGCUCCCUCAACCCUGAGUGGAACGAGACAUUCAGAUUCCAACUGAAAGAAUCAGACAAAGACAGAAGACUGUCUGUAGAGAUUUGGGAUUGGGAUCUGACCAGCAGGAAUGACUUCAUGGGAUCUUUGUCGUUUGGGAUUUCCGAACUGCAGAAAGCUGGUGUUGAUGGCUGGUUUAAGUUGCUGAGCCAGGAGGAAGGCGAGUACUUCAAUGUGCCUGUGCCGCCGGAAGGAAGUGAAGGCAAUGAAGAACUACGGCAGAAAUUUGAGAGGGCCAAGAUCAGCCAGGGGACCAAGGCUCCAGAAGAAAAGACGACCAACACCAUAUCCAAACUUGACAACAAUGGGAACAGAGACCGAAUGAAACUGACCGAUUUUAACUUCCUGAUGGUGCUCGGGAAAGGAAGCUUUGGCAAGGUCAUGCUCUCUGAGCGAAAAGGCACAGACGAGCUCUAUGCUGUGAAGAUCCUGAAGAAGGACGUCGUGAUCCAGGAUGACGAUGUGGAGUGCACGAUGGUGGAGAAGCGGGUGCUGGCCCUGCCUGGGAAGCCGCCAUUCCUGACCCAGCUGCAUUCCUGCUUCCAGACCAUGGACCGCCUGUACUUUGUGAUGGAGUACGUGAACGGGGGCGAUCUCAUGUACCACAUCCAACAAGUUGGCCGGUUUAAGGAGCCUCAUGCUGUAUUUUACGCUGCAGAAAUUGCCAUCGGUCUGUUCUUCUUACAGAGCAAGGGCAUCAUUUACCGUGACCUCAAACUUGACAAUGUGAUGCUGGAUUCAGAGGGCCACAUCAAGAUUGCUGAUUUUGGCAUGUGUAAGGAAAAUAUCUGGGAUGGGGUGACCACCAAGACAUUCUGUGGCACUCCAGACUACAUCGCCCCUGAGAUCAUUGCUUAUCAGCCCUAUGGGAAGUCUGUGGAUUGGUGGGCCUUCGGCGUCCUGCUGUAUGAAAUGUUGGCUGGGCAGGCACCCUUUGAAGGGGAGGAUGAAGAUGAGCUCUUCCAGUCCAUCAUGGAACACAAUGUGGCUUACCCCAAGGCCAUGUCCAAGGAAGCCGUGGCCAUCUGCAAAGGGCUGAUGACCAAACACCCGGGCAAACGUCUGGGUUGCGGACCCGAAGGUGAACGCGACAUCAAGGAGCAUGCAUUUUUCCGGUAUAUUGAUUGGGAGAAACUUGAACGCAAAGAGAUUCAGCCCCCAUAUAAGCCAAAAGCCUGUGGGCGAAAUGCUGAAAACUUCGACCGGUUUUUCACCCGCCAUCCACCAGUCCUAACACCUCCCGACCAGGAAGUCAUCAGGAAUAUUGACCAGUCAGAAUUCGAAGGAUUUUCCUUUGUUAACUCUGAAUUUUUAAAACCUGAAGUCAAGAGCUAAGUAGAUGUGUAGCCCUCCGUCCUUCAUUUCUGUCAUUCGAGCUCAGCGGCUGUUGUGGUGACAUCUUUCCUUCUCAUUGCCACGUUGCAUCCAUGUUUUAUUUGCUGAUGAGACUAGAGUGACCAUGUUUCAGAAGCCAAAUGUCCUCAGGUAGUUUGAAGCAUCUCUGUGAGAUGGGAUGAUGCGGGUGGCACGUCACAAAUGUUGCUGCAUUAAUUAGCACAUCAGCAAGCAUCCUCCUCCCGUUCACUUUCCCCAGCAUGGCCGCUCCGCAGAGCCUGGGGCAACAGAAAAAUGCCUGCUUUCUCUCCCUUUCUCCCAGAGCUCCCAUAGCACACGUUUCCCAACUCCAGGCAUUCAGUCUAGAUCGUUCCUACCAAAUGAGUGGAUCACCGGAUGCUAGCAGCAUUCUCUCCCUCCUAGACCCGGAGCUUGGCUUGCAUCCAAGUGUAUGGUUGCUUUGACGUAGAGGGAAUUCCUCCAUUCUGUCUGGUUUGGAGGCACCAGGAGCUGUGCUGAGCACAGGCUAAAUAUAAAAUCGUAUUUGUUACUUUUUAGACUCAAAGUGAAGGAGAUGAUCUCAGCCCUUUUAAAAUGCCAAGAGGGUGCUUUGAGAUAGUCUCCAUCUAAAAGGACCUCAAGGGGUCAGUCAAAAGGCAACUGGCUUGGGUGCCACCUCCAUGCUGUAAUUCCUGAUACUCUCUGUCCCCCCUGAUCACCUUCAUCCUCAAACUCCUUGCAAAGGGCAUUUGGCAUCACCCCCCCUGAAAAGACACGGUCACUCUAGCCAGGUCCCAGAGGACCAUGGUUUUACAUUACAUUUCAAAUUUUAUUUGCUUUGGGGUUUUAUUUCUGUUGUUCAAAUGCAAAAAAAAAAAAAACAAAAAAAAAACCACUCACUUUGUUACACAUGCUUUGAAAUCUGUGUCCAAAUGUUAUUAACCACAAUGACCUGCUUUGAUUUGUCAAGAAGGCGGCUCUGGAGCCUAGCAGACCCAUGCCCGCGCGGAUGGGAUUUGUCUAGGUUUGUUGCUGGCUUUGGAAAGCUAAUUAAGCGCCCUGAGAAAGACACCAUUUCUUGAAACGUAGACGGUUGUAUUCUUCACUUUGAUGUUGUUGUGCAAGAUGUUUGUGGAAAUGUCCAUUUGUAUCUGGAUAUCUGUUAUGUGCCAUUUUUUUUCUAGCAUCGAGAUACAAUAAAAAAAAAAAGAAAAGAAAGAAGAAAUGCUAUUUCAAGAAAAAACGGCUCUCUUUGAAAAAUGUGGACCCAAACUGCCAAGCAGGGCUCCUGAGGCUUCGGGACAGAAAGGAACUAAACCCAGAGCUUAACCUCAGCCCCAGGGACGGUCCGGGGACUCCUGGCAGCCUGUAAUGGGAUGGGAUGAGCUGGCCGGGGUUUCCAACGAUACCGGAGGUCAAGGCCAGAGUCAAGUUUCGGGGCCAGCUAAGGAGCAUGGCUGGGGCUCUUGAUUUUCUUAUCAAAAUCACCACUCCUCCCAGCUUGGACUAAAUACUCUUUCUUGCAAGCAGCUUUGUGAGCCCCAAGAAGUCAAGGAAACCCCUUGUGGGGGAGAAAUCCCCUUGCCUACUGCCUCCUUCUAGUCCCAGGCAGCCCUACAGAGAAUUCUUAUCACAAGUCAAGUGAUUUCCAGAAGCACCAGAGCUUCUAAGAGACCACCAGGAGAACUUUACCAACUUGAAAAGUGUCCUUGAAGGAACACUUCUCAUCUUUAAGAAACCCGUGAUUGGGAUUUCCAUAUAGGCAGAGGCCCCUGGCUCAUUCCUGUCUGCCCUUGGCUUCUCCAUCAUGGUAGCAAUGUUGACCCCAUGUGGGGCAAACCCCGAGUCCCAGCUGACAAGCUCAGGAAGUUAGAGAAGGAAGGAAAUCGGGGCAGAAGCCUGCCUCCUCCCCCCAUUUUCUUGUUGGGGACACUGGCAUCCGGAGAGAGGAAGUGACUUGCCCAAGGCCAGCCAGCUGGGAUGCAGACCCAAUUUCCCUGACUCAGUGCAGGACUGUUUCUGCUCUAUAGCCCGCGUCUCUGAGCCAUGCCCAGCAACAAGCAAGUUAUUUGAGGUCCUUCGUCUGGCUGUUGGGUCACCGGGUCUUUCCUUGGACCUGUUCUCAGGAAGAUAAAAACCAGGGAGAAACAUUGGGCCAUUGAUAGAUUAUUUGAGACAACAUUAGAGAAUGCUGUAAGAUAAGUAGGUAGGCAGAUAGCUAGACAUGGAUGGAUAAAUAGAUAGAUAGGAAAAAUAUAUCAUGUGUACACGCUGCACAUUUGCCAAUUUCUGUCAUUAUUUUUUCAAAAGUUGAAUCAUUUGCAGAAAGAGGUACUCAAGCCAAAGUCUCUGUUCCCCUAACACACCUUGCUGAGAGUUGGCCAGCGAAGGUUUCUGUGCAAGUGAGGGAUCCUUGGCCAGAGUUGCCCACAAUUUCCUUUUCCAUCACCACUUUAAGUCCAAAGGAGACCAAGAAACAGAGCUUUGAGAAUAUGUCAUCUCUGGGCCAUACUUGGCAAGUUUAUCCUGGAAGAAGGAUUUUCCACUUCUCUGUGCAGUCAUCCCCGUAUUCCACCCCCCAUUCAGUCAUCCAGGAAACAUUCAUUGAGCACCGACUGUGUGCCAGGCUCUCUGCUGGGCGCCAGGAGCACAGUGGGGGAACCCCAGUGAUGCAAUCAGGGUGGCAGUCGUUAAACAAGUAAUUAAAAGCAUGAUGUGAUCUAGAGAUAAGCAGUCUCUGAGUUAGGGGAGGCUUCUUACAAGAAAGAAAAAGUCAUCAGAAGUCUUCAGCGUGCCUCUUUCUGUAGACCACAGUUUGAGGCUGAAGGAGGAAAUGCAGCAGUGGCCCCUUGACCCAGAUUUCUGGGACAAUCCUAGAGUGCAGUGGGUGGGGAAGGACAGGGGCUAGAUGGGAGCUGGGGUGGGUUUCCUUCUAGAAGGCCAAAGGCACGGUCUCCAUGCUUGAACAGACCGUAGAAUCACCAAGAUUUGAGCAGAGACAGAUACUCAUAUAGAGAGAGGGGAUUGGUUUUACAGCUCAGUUCUGAGUCCUGGAUCUCACUUCUUAGAGUUUUCUCACCCAGAUUCCUGCAGGCAUUACCCUUUCCAGCCCUCGGGGAGAUGCUCUUCUGCCAGCACACUGCCCCCAGCUUGACACCGCCUGUGUCUUCUAGAUGAGACAAGCUGAGAUUUUCCAAAAGAACUUAAAUUAGGGAAGGAAUUUUAAAAAAAGAAAUUAAGAGAAUCCAAAGAAACCUAAACACAGUCCGUAUUAGCCAGGGCUUAUUGUCUGCCAGGAUCCAAGAAUCAUCUUUGGCAUUCUUAGACUUCUCACUAACCUGCUCCUCUUCUAGGAAAGGGUAGGGCCAUGGUCCUAAUGGCCUUGGGGAAUCAAUAGGAGGCCAGUGGAAUUAAUAACCCUCCUUGGUUGAGUGGUACUCUGCUCAUGUGGCUUCAGAUGUUAUCUACCCCCAAAAAGAAUGGUCCCAACAGACAGGCCUAUCCUCUCCCACCUUCUAGAGGUAGAAUUCAGGGGUAUUUCCUAAGGGGAUCUGCCCACAGAACGAAACCCCUGAUGGCAGGUUCUAUUUGGACCAUGUGACUGUUUGAAGCAUGAGACCUAGCAGCACAACAGAUAGGGAAGAGCUGUGAAAGCUGGGGCUGGUGGUAAGGGAACCUCCAGGGAUGCCCAAAGGCAGGGAAGGCCAGAUGGGGUCGAUGUUCCCGGGGAGAUCUGAAAAGAGGCAACUGCCUGCCUUCUAGCCCCACAUCUAUGUGUGGCCCACACACAGCCCCGCAGGUCUCAGACCUUGAAGGGGCCUAACUGUUCAGUCCCUCAGACUGGGGCUCAAACUGGACAGAGGCCGAUGUGAGGGACCCAGAGAAUCAACAGGAACAAUUUCAUUGUUUUGCUAUAGAGUGGGGUCUCUGGCUCAAGGACAAGUGUAUGGUGGGGAAAAAAAGCAAGAGGCAAAGAGGCUCAUCCUUAGUCGAUCUCCUCUUCAUUGAUUCAUUCAUUCAACAAAUAGUUGUGGACAGCCUGCUGUGCACCAAGCAUUAUUCUUGGCCCUGGAAAUAACAGUAGUGAAGAAACAGGUAUGGACCCUCCCUGCCUGGAGAGAGGCAAUAAAUAAGACAAUGUCUGAUAGUACUUGGGUGCCACAAAGACAAUUAAAAGGGUGCUAAGGUAUGACUUGUAGGGCCCAGGGAGGGAUGCACGGGCAAUAUGAAAGGAAGGCGUGAUGUUUGAGCUUUUCUCUGAACACAAGGGAUAACACAGGCCAUGCCUGGGACAGCAUAGGACAGGCUGACAGCCAGCAGGGCAGGAUAAAACAGAAUGGGUGGGGCAUGGCAGGGAGAUGGCCCACCAUCUAGAAAACAGCUCCCUCUGCAUCUUGAGCCCACUGCAGUCUGGCGACACUUACUGAAGUGUGUUCCCUGCCCCCACCCCCCGCCUUCACUCCCACACCUCAACGCAAAUACAAUGCAAUUAAGUGGCAACUCCAUAGGGACAUUUUACCUAUCUCAAGGGAGCAGCCUGAAGGAAGGAAUUCUUGUGGGAGGUAUUUGGCAAAGGGGAAUGAGCCCAGCAAUGAGAAACCCUACCAGUCAGCGCCCAUUAGAAGCAAAACCUAAGUCAUGAAUGGCGAUUGACUGGACUCCAGCAAAUCAGUCAAUACUCACUGAGCCUCCGCUCUUUACAAUCUGACCCAGCUCUGGCUUCAGCGAGGCAGACCCAGGCAUUCUCCUCGGCUAACCUGUAAUAAACCAGCCAUCAGACUCUCUCCCCCAACCCACCCUUGCACCCAGUCGGAGGGAAUGAGGUGAGCCCUUAUUAAGCGCAAUGUGGUAGGUAACGAUCACCACCCCACUGUGCAACCUUGGGCAAGUCACUGUAUCUUCCUACACCUGUUUUCUCCUAUGGCAAACCAGGGAGGGUGAGGACUCCAGCCCCUCCUGCCUUCAGGUGGGUGGUGAGGAUGGGAGGGAACGAGAGCCUGCAAGACCCUGAACAGGUGAGAACAUCAUACAGACGUGGGGUGUUUUUAUUAGCCCACACUCUGCUGUUCCCUGGAAAACGUUGCUCCAAAUUGUAGUUAGUAACCUGGGAUUAAUGCCCCCCCCCCACCCCCCAAAAAAGAAAUAUCAGGCUAACCAGGAGAAUGGAAUUUUUGUUUGUUUUAAGGUUGCCCUUACAGACCUUACUUUAAGCUUUGGGUUUUGUUUCGAAUAGCUAUUUGACUAGAUACAUACUCUGCUGUAACCAUCCUUGGAGACAGCCUGUGGCUGAUGAAGACCCAAAUUCUAGUCUGUGGGUGGAUUUCUGAGCAUCCCUUCAAAGCCUAGUUAGCACCAGGGGAUGUGGGAUGGACAGUGGUCAGCUCCUUUCCUCAGGCAGCGAUUUGAUGCCCCCACGUGACACUCCACCUUCUUGGCAACUGAGUGGUUGUGCAACCGCUCUCCUUUUUAAAGAAAGGAGCCUCCUCGCCACAGGGGUCGCUGUUGGAUGGUUUCCUCCGGGACGCUCUAUCCCGUGACUAAUUCUAUGACAUUUUACAUGGUAAGAAGUAGUUUUCAGUUCACUUCAUCUCAAAGCCAAAGAAAACAGAACCCACACAUACCCACAGUCCACUUUAUGACAAUCCUUAAAGAAAUUCAAUGUUUCCUUUCCUUUCUUAGGCAAUCGUCACCAAGUUUUCUCUCCUGAAGCCAACAAACAAUGUGAAGUGAAAGGCAAGGGAUAGUAUGCGCAAAGCACCUGCUAAACAACUCAGCACAGGGCUCUUUCUGACUCUGCCCAUGAGAUGUCAUCGGCUUCCCACUAACUGGCAGGUGUGGGUCGUGUUUCCUUCUUAUGCUGUGUUAAUGUGUUUGCUUUCCAUUUGGCAGAGAGACAAGCGAGACACCUCCAACUUCGACAAAGAGUUCACCAGACAGCUGUGGAACUCACGCCUACUGAUAACUCUUCAUCAUGAACUUGGACCAAAAUGAAUUUGCUGGCUUCUCCUAUACUAACCCAGAGUUUGUCAUUAAUGUGUAGGUGAAUGCAGACUCCAUUGUCGAGCCUGGAGUGUUAAGACUUCAGGUCAAGUGUAUGUAUCAAUUUUAGUCUUCCAGGAUCCAUGGUGCAUAUGCUGGCAGCCAGUGUGUGGAGGGCUUGUCCCUCGAGGCUUUUCUUUGUAUGUGUAGCUUGCUAGUUUGUUUUCUACAUUUGAAAAUGUUUAGUUUAGAGUAAGCGCUUUCUCCAAUUAGAGAGGUACAAUUUUCCAAACUUCCAGAAACUCAUCAAAAUGAACAGACGAUGUCAAACCUACUGUGUCUGAUACCAAAAUGCUUCAGUAUUUGUAAUUUUUAAAGUCAGAAGCUGAUGUUCCUGGUAAAUGUUUUUACAGUUAUCCUACCAUAUCUUCUUUGAAUGCUAAGCAUGACUGGUAUUUUUAAAAAAAUUGUGAGUAAACUUUGCAGUUACUGUGAACUGUUGUCUCUUGGAGGA